UGGUCUACAGAGCAAGUUCCAAGACAGCCAGGGCUACACAAGGAAACCCUGUCUCAAAAAAACAAGCAAACAAAUAAAAAAAUGAAUUUGAGGCAACUUGUGCUAGACAAGCCCCUAUCUUGAUGGGAGGCAGGGAUGAGGCAUUGUGGAGGAAGACAGGGGAACUUAACUGUCCUGAAAGAAUCCUCGCAGGAGGGAAGGAAAGGCCAGAGUAGCAGUCUUCUCUGGUUGUCCUUUCUUUGUACCUUAUGCUUUUCUCUCCCAAAUCCCAGAAAAGAGCCUUUCUUUGGAAACCCACCUACAUAAGUCAGUCCUACAGUAGGUCCUGCUGUGACACACACACCACCGGUGAAGUGCCCUCUCUCCUAAGGAUCCCUAGGACCCAACAUCAGUUCACAGGCACACUGGACAGCCUUAGGAAUAUGUCGUAACAGCUGCUGUUUUCCUCACUUUAAACUUCGUUAGACGUUUGUUUUUAACAUCUGAACAAAUUCCCUCCUGGAUGCCAACCUUAGGUUUGCCCUUGGACAGCUAUUUCUGCUUAGGGCCACCACUCCGUUUUAACUGCUGGCGAAGUUCUACAGUGCUGGGGUGUUUGAAACCCUUGUGUUUUACUACAUCUUUCCCCUAUAUUCUAAAUAUGCCAAAACACUUCCCUCUUUUUCGGUUUUCACAUUAGGUCCACAGGGAUCUUCUUUUUCAGAAACUUCUCCCAUUCGGAGAAAUUACAGUAACCACUUCUUAAAGCAGUUCUCUAGGAAUGGCAGAGCCCUCCUUUGCAAACCUCUGAAGCAGCGUUUUAAAGUGGACACUCCACACAGAAAGGGCUUUCCAGCUGUGGUUAAAUAUACAUGUAUGAAACUUCACACUUACCAAAGACUAAUUUUUAAAUAGAAAUUUAAAAAUUUGUCAGACAUAAAGGGAACAUCCUUUUCAAUCUCUGUGUUCUGAUAAAAUCUGAAUAAUACAUGUGUGUGCAUAGAUGGUCUGUGUGUGUUUAGAUGAUCUGUGUGUGCUUAGAUGAUCUGUGUGUGUGUGUGCAUAGAUGGUCUGUGUGUGCUUAGUCUGAGUGCUUAGAUGGUGUGUGGGUGUAUGUGCUUAGAUGGUCUGUGUGUGCAUGUGCUGGGGUUGCUAACUAGUGUGUUACAAUGUAAACAGCUUCUGUUUUCUUUGCAAUCUCAAGGCAACAGAUACCUCUUCUGUCACUAGAUAUUAACCAUCAAAGUAUAUAUGACUUGUCACAUGACGAUAGGGGGUGCUUGAUGUGGCUCCUUGCCUAGGAACAGAGAUGUCAGGGAAUGCCAGCGUUGCUCCCAUCUACCACUUUCUCUCUUUCAUUGCCUUUUCUUUCCUUCCAGAGUAGCUUGCUGUUCAAUAAAGCAAGUUUACCUCGCUAGCAAACACUUCUUUUCUUACCCUGACAACUUAGGAAUGAUUUCCUGACUCUUCAGAAUUGGAAAAGAAAAACCCUCUUGUUUUGGUCAGUAGAAAAUCAUUUGAUGACAUUAAGGAGCAAAGGUAGAAUUUCUGAAAAUGGAGUAGCUCUUGAACCUUCGCAUUAUUCCUUAGUUACUUUUCUCCAUGUGGCUUUCAAACACAAAGUCUGAGGCAGCUGGUGUAUGUAAGAAAAAUAUCCUAAGUCAUGUGAGAUGCAGCUGGACUUCCUGCUUAUAGCCAUUGUGCAAGAGUUCUCCAGCCUUCAAAUGAGGAAGCCCAGAUCCCUUCCCUCUGCCUUAUGUAAACCUUGUAGCUGAUCUCCCAAGUAUCGCCUGUAUCAUAUCUAUAAAUGUCUAUAAAGUUCACAUUCUAGAGAAUUAAAUCUAUGCUGGCCAAUCUGAGUGACCACUCAGUUAUACUAGUUUAAGAAAAUCCUGCCCCACACUGUGGUUCAUAGUUUCCUUCAUAUUAGUGAUCAUCGGUUUUUCUGCUCAAUGUUUGUUUUGAAGAUAAUUUCCUAACCAGUAAACACUUGAGGUAGCAUUCUAGAACCCCAGUAUUUAACCUAGAUGUUAUGGUAACGGCAGAACCCAGGUUCUGCUUUCGGUUUUCCCUACCCAGGCAGAAAACAAUUCCAGAGGAAGAGUGGACGUCGAGCCCAGUGUUGGGUAUGAGGCUCCAGUUUGCUAGAUUGUUUGUGGAUUUAGCCAUGGGGUCUGACCUCAUCUGACAGCCACCCCAUCCUUCCUGUAGUCUGUUAGACUGGUGUAAAGGGCAGCCAGGAUGGGCCAGUGAGACACCAGCGAGGAAGCUUUGGGUCACACGGAGAAAUCCCUUUCAGUCCUUGCCAUGGUCACAAGCUCAUAGGACAGCCGUAAGAAAGAACAGACGUGUGUAGAGAAGAAAGCUGGUCAGCCAAAGGACAGGGACAAUGCUCUCGUCUUGGAUGCCAGCAGUGAGCUGUGUUAACAAUAGGGCUCUGUGCCACUGAGUUUGAGAGAGGGAACUACACGGCAUUGGGACUGGGAGCUGUCCUGCCUCUAUCUAGCCAGCCAAAGUGAAUGGGGUCAGUGUUGGCUGCUUUCAUCUAUGCAGUCACAAAGGUAAAGAUGAUACUGAGGGCAUAUUCCCUCCUGGGAGGCCUUGACCUCGCGCCUCAGCAACCGUGGCAAGACGUGCUAAAUAACACCUUUGUUUGAGCCAGGGUUAUGCAUCGUCAACGCUUUUAUGCCAAGUCUAGGUGGUUUCAGAUCAAGCAGCGAGGACGUGGACAUGACCAUCCCUCUGUGCAGCUCUGAAGUAGAGCCAAGCACGCUGCCUGCCUGUCAGAGCCCUAGAGCCUAAGAAGUUCGCUCCUGCUGAGGGGGAUGGCCAGGAUUCCUGGACUCGGAAGAUCUUCAGCUCCGUCCUCGUCUUUGGAGAACAAGGAAGAGAACGAAAGUGAUGUGGCCCUUCUUAAUCCCAGGGAUCCUGACAGCAGCAGAGUACACACGAAGGAGCAGCUGGCACAUCCUGUGUCCUCCAACCUUGACCCAAGCAUGCAAGGCCUCCCUGCUGGGCUCAGCCUGGACGAUUUCAUUCCUGAUCACCUACGAGCCCAUAUAGGCCCAUCCUCCCGGGGGACGAGGGUGCCCGUGAUCCGGAAUGGUGGCUCCAACACCCUUAAUUUCCAGUUCCAUGACCCUGCGCCCAGGACUGUGUGCAAUGGCUGUGCCCCACCCAGGAGAGACGGUCCCCAGCAUCCAGACCCAGCAUGGUAUCAGACCUGGCCAGGCCCUGGGAGCCGGCCCUCUGCGAGCCCGAAGCAACCUGCCUCGCAGCAUGCCCAGAACUGGUCAGCCACAUGGACCAAGGACAGCAAGCGGCGGGACAAGCGCUGGGUGAAGUACGAGGGAAUCGGGCCCGUGGAUGAGAGCGGCAUGCCCAUUGCCCCCCGAUCUAGUGUUGACAGCCCCAGAGACUGGUAUCGGAGAAUGUUCCAGCAAAUUCACCGGAAAAUGCCAGAUCUACAGUUUGACUGGACCUUGGAAGACCCACCCAAAGUGGUUUCCUCGCGUGCCUCUUCGGCAGACUCCAGGCAUCCAGAACCCCAGCAAAGACCUGCCUCCAGGCCUGGCACAUCAGUGACUUCUAGUGGAAGAGACUGGCACCACUCUGAAGAGCCAUCUAGAAACACCUUUAACUAUAAUUUUGGACCAUCCUCUUCGGGACUCCAACCCCCAAAUCAGGUGCCCAGACGCCGAGAGAAAGGAGAGAGUGUCUGGACAGAAGACUCCUGGAACCAGUUUCUGCAAGAACUAGAAACUGGGCAUAAGCCCAAGAAACCGCUGGUGGAUGACCCCGUUGAGAAACCUGCACAGCCCAUUGAGGUCCUGCUAGAAAGAGAAUUGGCCAAGCUGAGUGCAGAGCUGGAUAAGGACCUGCGGGCCAUCGAGACCCGCCUACCAUCUCCCAAGAACUCCCAGGCGCCACGACGGUCCUUUGAGCAGCCCGCCCCAGAUCAGCGGCCCUCCGCCCGCCUGGCCUCAGCCUGGAGGCCCAGCUCCCCGCAUGCACCUUACUUCGGUUCUUCCCGACCCCUGAGCCCCCACAGAAUGGCAGAUGGAGGAGGAAGCCCCUUCCUGGGACGAAGAGAUUUUGUCUACCCUUCCUCAGCCCGAGAGCCUAGUGCCUCUGAAAGGGGUAGCAGCCCUGCCAGGAAGGAGGAGAAGAAGAGGAAGGCUGCCCGGCUCAAGUUUGACUUCCAGGCCCAGUCCCCCAAGGAGCUGACUCUGCAGAAGGGUGACAUUGUCUAUAUCCACAAAGAAGUGGACAAGAACUGGCUGGAGGGGGAGCACCAUGGCCGGCUAGGCAUCUUCCCAGCCAAUUAUGUGGAGGUGCUGCCUGCAGAUGAGAUCCCCAAGCCCAUCAAGCCGCCCACAUACCAGGUGCUGGAGUACGGAGACGCUGUGGCCCAGUACACCUUCAAGGGAGAGCUGGAGGUGGAGCUGUCCUUCCGAAAGGGGGAGCACAUCUGCCUGAUCCGCAAGGUGAAUGAACAUUGGUACGAGGGGCGCAUCACAGGCACAGGACGCCAAGGCAUCUUCCCGGCCAGCUACGUGCAGAUAAACCGGGAACCCCGACUCCGGCUCUGCGAUGAUAGCCCCCAGCUCCCUACAUCACCUCACCUGACAGCCACUUCUCGUCUAGCCUGUCACCCCAGUUCCCCCUCAGUGCAAGUGGACCCCACAGACUGGGGAGGUCGGACCUCCCCUCGCCGCUCUGGCUUCCCCUUCCCUAUCAGCCUCCAGGAGCCCAGAUCCCAAACCCAGAGUCUCAGCUCCCCUGGACCAGCCCUGUCCCAUCCUCGAGGCACCAGCCGUCCCGUAGACCCGGGGGCCUCCUCCCCAAGCACCACAGAAAUACACUGGACUCCGUACCGGGCUAUGUACCAGUACAGGCCCCAGAACGAGGAUGAGCUGGAACUUCGUGAGGGGGACCGUGUGGAUGUCAUGCAGCAGUGUGACGAUGGCUGGUUUGUGGGUGUCUCCCGGAGAACUCAGAAAUUUGGGACAUUCCCUGGAAAUUAUGUAGCCCCGGUGUGAGUGAUCUCCGUGGCAAUUUGGAGCCAACGAGGACGAGGUGGGGGAGCAGUAGCACUAUGGGAGGGAGAGAGGCCCCUCCCACGUCAUCCUCCCCCCAGGACCUGCGCUCCCAGCAUCUGCAGCGAGACCCCAGCAAUCUUCCCUCCAAGCCCCCUCGAAGUCCCCUGGACUGAUUCCCACCCGCGCGUCACAGGCAUUUCUUUGAGAGCACCCCCCCUCACGACCCCUCAAAUACAGACGUCUGCUCUGAUGUGGAGACUGCCUACCGGCCUUAUUGAGACCAGACCCCCAGGCUCCCAACCCCCCAGCGUUUCCCCUAAUGGGGACUGGCUCUUGCUUCACCCCCAUGGGGUUCCUCUAAUAAGGACCAGCCUCCUACCCUGGUGGAGACCAAAGGCCUCCCGCUUCUCACCAGCUUGUCCGCCACUUUACCUUCUGGCUUCCAGCUGGGCCUGGAAAGAAGGUUGUGAACACCUUGUCAGCCUUCAAGGCCCAGUGAGAGGCCUUGCCUCAAGACUUUCUCUUCCCAGAGGCCACUGACCCCCUGGGUAGGGCCUCCACUUAUACUCUGAGCCCUCCAACUAAGACCCACAACUGCCCGGACCUAUCAGAAGAUAGAUUUCCAGGGAGACAUGCUUGCUGCCCUAAUUCCCAGCUCCUCCCCAGUAUCUAGGUCCCCUCCUGAAGAGAAUGUAAAAUAAACAUGGAUACCAGA